UGACACGUGUCCUAUAACAACACUUGGCAGUGCUAGCAAAUCUCAAAGGCCAUUCACAAAACAAACAUAACCGCUUCUCCAAUAUAGAUCACAGAAAUAGAACUCCAAUGUGUCUCUGAAUCCAUUGCCAUUCUCAAAGUGAUAUAGUUCAAAAUAUGGCGCAUGCUCAAGAAGUCAGAACAAGCACUCCACUUUCAAAAUGUGACACCUACUUCGAAACCAUACAAUCCAGAAAGAAACUACCACAGACAUUGCAGGAGACAUUGACAGAUUCAUUUGCAAAGAUUCCUGUUUCUUCCUUUCCAGGAGUUCCAGGAGGAAAAGUGAUUGAAAUUCUAGCAAACACACCUGUCGGCGAAGCUGUUAAGAUUCUAUCUGAAAGCAACAUCUUAGCUGCACCAGUUAAAGACCCAGAUGCAGGAAUUGGUUCAGAUUGGAGAGACAGGUACCUUGGCAUCAUAGAUUAUUCAGCUAUUAUUCUCUGGGUGAUGGAGUGUGCAGAACUUGCUGCAGUUGCCAUAUCAGCUGGUACUGCAACGGCUGCUGGAGUCGGCGCGGGAACCAUCGGUGCUUUAGGAGCAAUAGCAUUAGGAGUUACAGGUCCUGCUGCAGUUGCUGGACUAACUGCUGCUGCAGUAGGUGCAGCAGUGGUAGGGGGUGUUGCUGCAGAUAAAACCAUGGCUAAAGAUGCUCCUCAAGCUGCAAAUAACCUUGGUGAGGACUUUUACAAAGUUCUACUGAAAGAAGAACCCUUCAAGUCAACAACGGUAGGAUCAAUACUUAAAUCAUAUCGAUGGGCGCCUUUUGUUCCAGUUGCAAGAAAUAGUGCUAUGUUGACUGUGUUGCUGCUUCUCUCAAAGUAUAGGCUGAGGAAUGUGCCAGUGAUAGAACCGGGAAAACCAGACAUUGUAAACUUCAUUACUCAGUCUGCAGUUAUUCAAGGUCUUGAAGGAUGCAAAGGAAGAGAUUGGUUUGACUGCAUUGCAGCCAAACCUAUAUCUGAUCUGGGGCUUCCUUUUAUGUCUGCUGAUAAGGUUAUUGACAUCCAGAGCAAUGGAUUGAUUCUUGAAGCUUUCAAGCUUAUGAGGGAUAUGCAAAUUGGUGGUCUUCCUGUGGUAGAGGGGCCAACAAAGAAAAUUGUUGGAAGCUUGAGCAUAAGAGACAUCAGAUACUUGUUGCUAAGGCCUGAACUUUUCUCCAAUUUCAGGGAACUCACUGUGAUGGAUUUCAUGAAGAAAAUACACUCAGCAUCCCAUGGAACUGGAAAAGUUACUCGGCCUCUAACAUGCAAGCCCGACUCAACUCUUGAGAGCGUGAUUCACACUCUUUCUUCACAGUCUAUUCACAGGAUUUACACAGUUGAUGGACUAGAUCAAGUAGUUGGAGUCAUCACACUGAGAGAUGUAAUCUCUUGUUUCAUCUCGGAGCCUGAUUACCAUUUCGACGAUUACUACGGAUUUGCAGUGAAAGAGAUGUUGAAUCACUGAUUUACAAGGAAUACUCCAAAAUAUAACAAACUUUAUGUUAUCAGAAAGAAAAAAGAACAUUUGAUUUCAAGUUUUUUUAUGUAUGCAAAAGCAAUUCUCAUGCAACUUCUAUCAUGCUAACACCAGAUAGUUUGUCCAAUCUUA